AUGAACUCUCAUCAUUACAAACCAAUCCUUCUUACAUUCCUCAUCACUCUUUUUCCCCUCCUCCAACUUCUAAGCCCUACCAAUGCGUUACCAUCCCCACCAAUAACAGCUCUUUACGCCUUCGGCGACUCUACGGUGGAUCCAGGCAACAACAAUUACAUCCUUNUCAUCUCUGUUUCGAAUUAUCAGGAUUUUCUACUUAGCAAAGUCGAAACUUUUGUCCAGAGACUAUACAACGCAGGAGCACGAAGGAUUACAGUAGCUGGACUACCACCAAUCGGAUGCCUUCCAGUGCAAGUAACAGUUGCUAGCUUCACUUCUCACAACUUCCAUCGUAGGACCUGUACGGAACACCAGAACGCUGAUUCUAGGGUUUACAAUCGAAAGCUACAGAGUCUAACCUUCCGUCUUAGUCAGAGGCUUAGAGGUUCCAAGGUUCUUUACCUCGAUAUCUACUCUCCGUUAAUAGACAUGAUCAAUUAUCCUCGUAAAUACGGAAUAGAGGAAACACUGAGAGGAUGCUGCGGGACGGGGUUUCUUGAGGCAGGACCUCUAUGCCAGCCAACGUCUCGGACUUGUGACGAUGUGUCCAAGUAUUUGUUCUUUGAUUCUGUGCAUCCUUCACAGAAGGCUUACUCUGUCGUUGCUAGUUUCGCCUUACGAAAUUUGCUUCCUCGCCUCUAAUUCAUUAGUAUUUUUUAUUUCAAUUUUUUCUUCAAACAUUAUUGGUGUUCUAGCUAUUGGUGUUUUGUA